AUGCCCGCCGAGGUGGAAAUCCGCGACGUGUGGGAGACCAACCUGGAGGAGACCAUGAAGACCAUCCGCGAGGUCGUGACCAAGGGCUGCUACGUGGCCAUGGACACGGAGUAUCCGGGCGUCGUGGCGCGCCCCAUCGGCUCGUUCACCACGUCGUCCGACUACCAGUACCAGACGCUGCGCUGCAACGUGGACCUGCUGCGGAUCAUCCAGCUGGGCGUGGCCUUCUUCAACGAGGACGGCUCGUACAUGGAGGACCUGCCCGUGUGGCAGUUCAACUUCAAGUUCAGCCUCAGCGAGGACAUGUACGCGCAGGACUCGAUCGAGAUCCUCAAGCAGGCAGGCAUCGACUUCGCCAAGCACGAGGAGCAGGGCAUUGAGGUGGCCAGGUUUGGUGAGUUGCUGGUGCCCUCCGGCCUCGUGCUGGGCGACCACGUCAAGUGGGUCUCGUUCCACGGCUCGUCCGACUUCGGCUACCUGCUCAAGGUGCUCACGUGCGCGCCGCUGCCCGCCGAGGAGGACACGUUCUUCGACCUGCUGCACACGUACUUCCCGGCCACGUACGACCUGAAGCACAUGGGUAUGGACUUCGACAAGCUCGGCGGUCUCAGCCGCAUGGCCGAGGACCUCAAGGUGGAGAGAAUAGGCACAAUGCACCAGGCCGGCUCGGACGCGCUGCUCACGGCCGCCACGUUCUUCAAGAUGGUUGAGGUCUUCUUCGACAGCAAGGUCGAGAACGUAGCCAAGUACUCUGGUCAGCUCUACGGACUGGGCAACAGCAUCGCGGCAUAG